ACUUCGGAAAGUUUAUCCAAUAUCGUAAAGCAAGGUCAUAUACUUGUGAAUGUGUUAACGAUUCAAUGGACGAAAGUGGUAUAUCAGAAACAAGUGAUAACUCAAUGUCAGACUUUGAAACUAGUGAAGUGAACGCGUCGGCACACGCUGCGCCUCCAAGAAUUAAAAUAAAGAGAGAGAUAAAUUCCCCUACCUCGUACACUCGGGUGGGAGGUUUUUUCCCAAAAGUGGGAAUUAGCUGCCCGCUAAGGAAACUACAACGUCGCCUCGAACAAAUUCAUUCUGAUGUGAGUGAGACAAAACAAAUGAUGACGUCGUUACAUGAAAUCGUGACGUCACAACAGCAAAUGGCCCCGGAGGUAUUCAUGCGAUUCAGCCCAGCUGAUACGGAUGCUGGUUUAAUGAAAUUGGUCAAAAAAUUCAAAAACCCUGGGAUUCUUGCCUCGCAUAUUGAACGCCAGACUCUCAGCAAAACUAUCACCGAAUUCAUGGGGUGGUUUAUGACUGAUGAUCUCGUAGUUCAAUAUUCGUGGACUGGCAGGUCCUCUGGUGGUGGGAAGUCGAACAAAAUAUUCAAAGAUCACCCCCUGGUUAAUAUAUUGCUCGAUGUACUUUCACAGACGGUGCUGUACAAAUAUUCUGCACGACCAAUAGUUGCAAUAGUUAUAAAAUCGUUUUUUUAAUAAAGUAAAGUCCAGACGAUGGCACAAGGUAAAGAAAUCUACGUCAAACAGUACAUUUAUACAUAGUCAAACUGGUUUACCGAAUACGCACAUGGAAACUAUAAUUUAAAACACCUGCCCCAAGUUUUAGAUAGUACUGUGUGGUAAAAGAGGGCACCUUUAGCAUGUAAUAUC